AUACUUCACAUAAGACAUGGCAGGUACAGGUUUAAGGAUGCGUGCACUGUUCCUGCUGCUGGGUUUGUCACAGAUUUGCACUGCAGAUCAUCAUCAUCAUGUGUCCGUGUACACGGUCACGUCUUACAGUGUGACCAUGCAGUGGCCAGCGUACCCCGGCGCCAGCCACUACAGGGUCCAGGCCACGCCCCAGCUCAAUCCGGGACAUUCUACCGCCUUUUCCACGUUCAACGGCAACAUGGCUGUCGGAGGCCUCAACACCCUGUCCGCCAACACGGUAUACACCAUGCAGGUCGAUGCGAUGGACGAUGAGCUCAACGUCCUCAGCACCAUCGGGACGGAGGAGGCGCUCACAGCUCCUGAGGUGCCAGAGAUCACACUGGCCUACUCAAAGCAGAGCAGCAGCAUCACCGUGGAGUUCAACAAUGUGACGGGGGCCACCGGAUACAUCCUGAGGGCCAUGUCCGACGUGGACGACUUCUUUGAGGAGACGGCGGUCAACGAGUCCCCGGGCACGAUCCAGGGGCUCGAUCCCUUCACCGACUACACGCUCAGUGUCAUGUCCGUCAACGCCGGUGGGCGGAGCCAGCCUUCAUACAACUACGAGCUCAGGACAGUGGUGACGGCUCCGCAGCUGGCCACUAUCUCCGAGACCAACAGCACCAUCAACGCGAGCUGGCCCCCGGUGGAGCACGCCGCGUUCUACUCCCUCUACAUCUUCCAGACACCGAGCACCAACAAUCUCACCACCUACAUCACCAACCAGACCUCCUUCACCUUCGACGGCCUGAGCCCCGGCACAUAUUACUGCAUCAAGGCCACCGCCUCGGAUCAGGACGGGCGAGCCGGAGACCACAGCCGCACCUGCCAGAUCACACGUCCCCCGACCCCGGAGCCGGUGGAGGUUCUGCUGGCCAUUGGGGAUAUUCGGGUGCCGGCCGUCAGGGUGUACUUUGGGCACUCUAAAGGUGCUGACACCUACUUUGUUGAAUCCAGCACUGGGCAGAACUGCACUCCUCAUCAAAGCUUGAGCCUAAGCUAUUGCAUCAUAUCCCCACUGGUGUGCGGUCAGAACCUCUCCGUCAUGGUCACCGCCGCCAACACGGCAGGCCCCAGUGUUCCUUCAGCUGAGGAGGACUUUCAGACAUACCCGUGUCCUCCGGAGCGCAUCUGGGUGGAGGAGCCCUGGCCCGGCAGCUGCAGGGUGGCCUUCAGCCUGUCGCCCACGGCUGACUUCUACAUGGCGUUCGUGAAGCGCGACGACGGCAUCGAGAUGAACUGCAACACCACGGGCACGCCCUGCGCCUUCACCUGCACCUGCGGCUUCACCUACUUCUCCACCGUGUUUGCCCACAACCCGUCCGGCUCCAGUCCCUGGGGGGCCGUGGCCAACUACACCACCAUUCCUUGCUGUCCAGAGAACGUUACCGUGCAGCUGGUUUCCACGGAGACGCUGGAGAUAGAGUGGGAGCCGGUGCGAGGGGCGGACCUCUACGAGACGCGGGCGGUGCAGACGGAAGGCGUGAUCCACUGCAACGACACGUCGCCGGUGUGCGCGCUGUCGGACCUGAGCUGCAACACCUUCUACUCAGUGGUGGUCACGCCCUGCAGCGAGCUACGGGGCUGCAACCUCACCUGCCAGCCGCAGCAGCACGAGACAGCUCCGUGCACCCCGCAGAUCCACAACCUGACCCAGGCCAGCGAGUCCAGCAUCACGGUCCACUACACGACCCCCAACAGGCCCAGCACCAACUACUCUGUCUCGGCGGUGGGACGCAUGGACACGCACCACUGCCGCUCGCAGUCCGCUUCCUGUGAGCUCACGCAGCUGCCCUGUGGGGCCGUCUUCGAGGUGGUGGCGGUGGCCAGCAACGCCGUCGGGCCGAGUCUGCCUAGCUUCAGCGUUCCUCUGGAAACAGGUCCCUGCUGUCCCUCCAACCUGAGCGUGAUGCAGGUGACCCAGGCCAUGUCCAACGUGACGUGGGGCCCCAGCCUCGGCGCACGCUCCUACAUGACGGCCCUGACCGCGCCGCGGGGCCACGCCCAGUGCCACACCAUGAGCACGCACUGCCUGAUGGGAUGCCUCACCUGCGGCACCAACUACAGCGUGAACAUGGAGGCCAUCAGCAGCACGGGGCACGUGUCCAACUGUAGCUACAGCGGAUUCUCAGCCAGCGCCUGCUGCCCCACACACGUCAAGCUCCAUCGGAUGUCCAACCACUCCAUGAGGGUGUCCUGGCGGUCCUCCGCACCGCCCCACCAGAACUACACGGUGGCCGUGUCCGGCGCGGGCUCCAACCACACGUGCACGCAGGCCCCGUCCAGACGCUACUGUGACGUGCAGAACGUGCCUGUGUACACGUGCGGCGACGUGUACACAGUGGCGGUGGCGCCGGUCAACAGCGACGGCAGCGUGGUCAGCUUCUGCCAACGGAGGAUAUAUAGCGUCUCUUGCUCAGGCAACAGUGUUGGAAUGGUGGCGUGGGAUGCGUACCCCGGGGCCGGAGCCUCGUACCGGCUGAACCUCCGAGCGGUGAACUCCACCGACACGGCCCCGGUGAUGGUCGUCUCCACGGGCAAACAGACACUGGUGCAGGGGUUAAGACCAGGGAGCUACUAUGACGUAACGCUGAAAGCCUUACAGUACAACAUGGAGCGAUGCAGAGUUACACAACGCGCUCUGACGGUGCCCGCCGCGACCCAGAUCACCACGUCAGAGGCCCUGGCCAGCACCACCAUCAGGUUCCAGUGGUCCGCCGUGACGGGGGCGGACAGGUACUUCCUGAUUCUGGAGCUGUAUAUCCUGUCGCAGGGACUGGCCCCCACAAGAACGCAGGUGUACAACGGCAGCUUCGCCUCCGUUACGGGACAAGUCGACGGGUUGAACGCUUCCACCAGAUACAACUGCUUCGUCAUCUCUUACAACAGCGCCGGCUCUGGGGCCCCAAGUCUCAGCAAGAUAGUCUCCACACCGUUCCAGCCGCCCACAGGUGUGACCGUGACGUCCACGGGAAGGAGUACGGCCACUGUGGCCUGGGACGCCGUGGACAUGGUGCUGCGGUACCGGCUGACGAUCAGCGACGACGACGACGGCAGCGUGGCGCCCGUCUCCAGGGACACCGACUCCACCUCCAUGGACAUCACUGAUCUGGGGCCCUGCUCCAACUACACCGUGGGCGUGGCGUCCGUCAACAAUUUCCGAAUUGCGGGGGAAGCUGCGAAUGUCUCGCACACUACAGCUACCAUUAAGAGGGUGUCGACAGUGCAGACGGACUACAGCUGUGCGAAUGGCAUGGCGACCGUCACCUGGGACUUGGUUUUCGGGGCCAACUCCUACAGGGCCACCGCCUCCGACCGCAACGGCACUGGUCUUAGCUGCAACUCUUCCUCAACAACCUGUCAAAUCUCCAACCUCAGGUGUGGGACGCAGUACGAGGUGCUGGUUACUGCCAUCUCGGAUGACUGCGAGAGCAUCUCCAACACCUCCAGUCUGUUUGAGACAGGUGAGAAGUGA